CCCUUCCCCCGGCCCCCCCCGGUCGCUCUAAUCCGAUUUCUCCCCGUCAUCAUCUUGGUGGGCGUCCCCAUCGUGGCCGUUCUUGUCCUCCUUGGAGAGGUGAGCCUGCGAGCCCAGGGCCGAGAGCGACAGGAGCCCGGUGCCGGCGCUGACGGCGGGGAGGGACGGCGGCUGCAGCCCCACGGGCAGCGGGGUCAGAGGCAGAGCGAGGGCUUGGAGCUGCGACAGCUGGUGAGCUUGAAGCUGCUGCUGCUGGGCACUGGGGAGAGUGGGAAAAGCACCUUCAUUAAGCAAAUGCGUAUAAUUCAUGGCUCAGGCUACUCUGAAGAGGACAAAAAAGGCUUCACCAAGCUGGUGUACCAAAACAUCUUCACUGCCAUGCAGUCUAUGAUAAGAGCCAUGGAAACGCUGAAAAUUCUGUACAAAUAUGAACAGAACAAGGCCAAUGCAGUGCUGAUCCGAGAAGUGGAUGUAGAAAAGGUCAUGACAUUUGAGCAGCCAUAUGUAAGUGCAAUUAAAACAUUGUGGAAUGACCCUGGAAUACAAGAGUGUUAUGAUAGGAGAAGAGAAUAUCAACUUUCUGAUUCAGCUAAAUACUAUCUCAGCGAUGUGGAUCGUAUUGCUACCCCAGGAUAUCUACCAACUCAGCAAGAUGUGCUACGGGUUAGAGUCCCUACAACCGGGAUCAUAGAGUACCCCUUUGACCUAGAGAAUAUUAUCUUCAGAAUGGUGGAUGUUGGAGGUCAAAGAUCAGAACGAAGGAAGUGGAUCCAUUGCUUUGAAAAUGUGACUUCCAUCAUGUUUUUAGUAGCACUUAGUGAAUAUGACCAAGUUCUGGUGGAAUCGGAUAAUGAGAACCGGAUGGAAGAGAGUAAAGCUCUCUUUCGAACCAUUAUAACUUAUCCAUGGUUCCAAAACUCUUCUGUUAUCCUCUUUCUCAACAAGAAAGAUUUGUUGGAAGACAAGAUCCUGUAUUCCCACCUUGUUGACUAUUUCCCAGAGUUUGAUGGCCCACAGAGGGAUGCACAGGCAGCCCGUGAGUUCAUCCUCAAGAUGUUUGUGGAUUUAAAUCCCGACAGUGAUAAAAUCAUCUAUUCCCAUUUCACAUGUGCCACAGACACAGAAAACAUCCGUUUCGUCUUUGCAGCUGUCAAGGACACCAUCCUACAGCUCAACCUGAAGGAGUAUAACCUGGUUUGACCUGCUCUGCUCUUGCCCCUUGAGAGGCUUCUUUGUGAAGAAAAGACAAAAAAAUGAAAUUUUAAAUAUGACAGGAAAAAAAAAAAAAGUUUUAAUUUUUGAUGAUGUAAUGAUUGCAAAUUGUCUGAUCUGUGGAGUGGCAAGUGCUCGGUGUUAUCCUGGAGUCUCAUGUCUCUGUCCACAGAGUAGUUGAUUUCAUAUUUUUAACAAAUUGCUUUUAUGUCACAGUUAACGGGGAUAUGCCUCAUUUCUUCAGCACCUUGCUUACUUCUUAAUUUUUGCCAAGCAGCUAAGGCAGCCUCAUCUUGAUCUUUCCUUUGUUGCUAAGCCACGUUUUAUUUUUUUUUCCCCCCCUUUCAUUCCCAUGGUAUAUGUAGAAAAAAAAAACAAAAAUCC